CAAGAAUAAACUAUGUCUAAAAUCGAAUAAUCAUUUACUCGAGCAAAACAACAUGGGAUUUUGGGGUUCUCUAUCUAAAUGGCUAGCCGGCAAGAAACGCGAGGCAAGAAUUUUGUGUGUCGGACUGGACAACAGCGGAAAAUCAACAAUAUUAGACAAGUUUAAACCCAAGAAAGACCAGCGAAUGGAUACCGCUGCGACGCUUGGAUUUUCGGUCGAAAAAUUCAAAUUUUCCAACAUCACAUUUACAGCAUUUGAUAUGUCUGGACAGGGUCGAUAUCGAAAUCUAUGGGAAAAGUACUACUCAAAGUGUGAUGCAAUCAUCUUCGUUCUCGACAGUUCUGAUCGGUUGAGAAUACCAGUAGCUAAAGAAGAACUUAAUGAACUACUCAAACAUCCUUCGAUUGCGGGAAAACCUAAUCUACCAAUAUUGUUCUAUGCCAACAAAUGUGACAUCAGAAAUUCAAUGCCAGCGCCGAAAUGCGCACAACUUUUAGGUCUCAACAAAGGGUCAUGGGAAGGAAAUGACUUGGAUAAUGAAAGUCCUGAUUUUAGACCUUGGUAUAUUUGUGCAUCAAAUGCUCAGACUGGCGAAGGUUUAAAUGAAGGAAUCAAGUGGAUUUCAGAAAAAUUAGUAUCCCCUGGCAAGGUCAAUCGCCUGGUUUAGUAAUGUUUAUAUCAGAAAAUAAACAUUGAAUUACCAAAGCCAUAAGUUUCAAUCUUUUAUAUAAAAGCAUCGUAAUGAUCAUUACAAUAUUUAUGUCAAUUUUAAACGAAUCUAGGAUUAUGAUUAUUAUUUGAGUAUAAAUAAAAUAUUGAUCCUAUUUAUUAAAUAAACUAAUGCAGUGAACGAAUGUGAUAAUAUGAAUUUAAAAUGUAAAUGAACA